AUGACUGAUACUGAGGUGAACCCCAAGGCCUACACACUGGCUGAUGCUCAGCUGACCAAGACCAUCCUGGACCUGGUGCAACAGGCAUCCAACUACAAGCAGCUGCGCAAGGAGGCCAAUGAAGCCUCGAAAAACCUGAACAGAGGAAUUUCUGAGUUCAUUGCUAUGGCAGCUGACACAGAGCCUUUGGAGAUCAUUCUUCACCUACCUCUUCUGUGUGAAGAUAAGAAUGUCCUUUAUGUCUUUGUACAAUCCAAGCAAGCUUUGGGAGGAGCCUAUAGGGUCUCUAGACCAGUCAUCCUGUGCACCAUCACCAUCAAGGAGGGGUCUCAGCUGAAGCCGCAGAUCCAGUCUGUACAGCAAGCCAUUGAGAGACUACUGGUGUAA